UCCGGCGUGGAGAGGCGGGGCUGUGAGCAGCUGAGGCAGCGGCAGCAGCGGCCAGGAGGGCGGCUGGGAGACCCCUGGGCGCUGGUCGUCAUGGAGGCCGUGCCCCGCAUGCCUAUGAUCUGGCUGGACCUGAAGGAGGCCGGUGACUUCCACUUCCAGCCAGCCGUGAAGAAGAGUAACGGCAGGACCCAGAGUGUCUACUGAGGUGAUCACAGGCCACAGAAUCCAGUGGCACGCACUACUGAGGAGAGACCAGAGGAUCAGCUUGGAGAAAGCCUGGCCACUGGAGCCAGAUCAUGGUUUAGAUCUCUCUUGUGCUCCUAGAGUGGAAUGGCCUUGGGGUGCUACAAAUGAUCCUGUAACUAAUCUGGACCUCACUUUUCUCAUCUGUAACCAGCUUGUGAGGAUCAGGAGGAGUCAGUGCUAGGAGUUCUCAGCACAGGUCCUGGCGCUGUAGGCAGUAUUUUCAGUUUGUCCUGAAGAAUUACGGAGAGAACCCAGAGUCCUACAAUGAGGAACUGAAGAAGCUGGAGUUGCUCAGACAGAAUGCUGUCCGCGUCCCCCGGGAUUUUGAGGGCUGCAGUGUUCUCCGAAAGUACCUCGGCCAGCUGCACUACCUGCAGAGUCGUGUCCCCAUGGGCUCGGGGCAGGAGGCUGCAGUCCCUGUCACCUGGACUGAGAUCUUCUCAGGCAAGACUGUGGCCCAUGAGGACAUCAAGUACGAGCAGGCAUGCAUCCUCUACAACCUCGGCGCGCUGCACUCCAUGCUGGGGGCCAUGGACAAGCGGGUGUCGGAGGAGGGCAUGAAGGUCUCCUGCACCCACUUCCAGUGCGCAGCAGGUGCCUUUGCCUACCUGCGGGAGCACUUCCCCCAGGCCUACAGCGUGGACAUGAGCCGCCAGAUCCUCACUCUCAACGUCAACCUCAUGCUGGGCCAAGCGCAGGAGUGCUUGCUGGAGAAGUCCAUGCUGGACAACCGAAAGAGCUUCCUGGUUGCCCGCAUCAGCGCACAGGUGGUGGACUACUAUAAGGAGGCAUGCCGGGCCCUGGAGAACCCUGACACCGCCUCGCUGUUGGGCCGCGUCCAGAAGGACUGGAAGAAGCUGGUGCAGAUGAAGAUGUACUACUUUGCUGCAGUGGCUCAUCUACACAUGGGGAAGCAGGCUGAGGAGCAGCAGAAGUUCGGGGAGCGGGUGGCCUACUUCCAGAGUGCCCUGGACAAGCUUAAUGAAGCCAUCAAGUUGGCCAAGGGUCAGCCUGACACUGUGCAAGAUGCACUUCGCUUCACUAUGGAUGUCAUCGGUGGAAAGUACAACUCUGCCAAGAAGGACAAUGACUUUAUCUACCAUGAGGCUGUCGCAGCCCUGGACACCCUGCAGCCUGUGAAAGGUGCUCCCUUGGUGAAGCCCUUGCCUGUGAACCCCACGGAUCCAGCUGUCACGGGCCCUGACAUUUUUGCCAAACUGGUACCCAUGGCUGCCCACGAGGCCUCGUCCCUGUACAGUGAGGAGAAGGCCAAGCUGCUUCGGGAGGUGAUGGCCAAGAUCGAGGACAAGAAUGAGGUCCUGGACCAGUUCAUGGAUUCGAUGCAGCUGGAUCCUGAGACCGUGGACAAUCUGGAUGCAUACAGCCACAUCCCACCCCAGCUCAUGGAGAAGUGUGCAGCGCUCAGUGUGCGGCCGGACACCGUCAGGAACCUUGUCCAGUCCAUGCAGGUGCUGUCGGGCGUGUUCACGGACGUGGAGGCCUCCCUGAAGGACAUCAGGACCUUGCUGGAGGAGGACGAGCUGCAAGAGCAGAAGGUGCAGGAGGCCAUGGGCCAGGCUGGGGCCGGCCCAGCCAUCGCCAAGGCAGAACUGGUGGAGGUGAGGAAAGAGUGGACCAAGUACAUGGAGGUGCACGAGAAGGCAUCUUUCACCAACAGUGAGCUGCACCGUGCCAUGAACCUGCACGUGGGCAACCUCCGCCUGCUCAGUGGGCCGCUGGACCAGGUCCGGGCUGCCUUGCCCACGCCGGUCCUCAGCCCAGAGGACAAGGCUGUGCUGCAGAACCUGAAGCGCAUCCUGGCCAAGGUGCAGGAGAUGCGAGACCAACGCGUGUCCCUGGAGCAGCAGCUACGUGAGCUGAUCCAGAAGGAUGACAUCACCGCCUCGCUGGUGACUGCGGACCACUCAGAGAUGAAGAAGCUGUUUGAGGAGCAGCUGAAGAAAUACGACCAGCUGCGGGUGUACCUGGAGCAGAACCUGGCCGCCCAGGACAACGUGCUCCGCGCGCUCACUGAGGCCAACGUGCAGUAUGCAGCCGUGCGGCGGGUGCUCAGUGGCCUGGACCAGAAGUGGAACUCUACGCUACAGACCCUGGUGGCCUCCUACGAAGCCUAUGAGGACCUAAUGAAGAAAUCCCAAGAAGGCAAGGACUUCUAUGCGGACCUGGAGAGCAAGGUGGCUGCCUUGCUGGAACGGGCACAGUCUGCCUGCCAGGCACGAGAGGCUGCCCGCCAGCAGCUCCUGGACCGAGAGUUGAAGAAGAAGCCGCCCCCAAGGCCCACAGCCCCGAAGCCACUGCUGCCCCGCAGGGAGGAGGGCGAGGCAGUGGAGACCGGGGACCCGCCCGAGGAGCUGCGCAGCCUGCCCCCUGACAUGGUGGCUGGCCCGCGGCUGCCAGACGCCUUCCUGGGAGCCGCCACCCCGCUCCCCUUCACGCCUGGCCCCUUGCCCAGCUCCACCGGCCCAGGCCCCCACUACGUCUCAGGCCCCCUCCCCGCUGGCACACACUCAGGCCCCACCCAGCUGCUGCAGGCCAGAGCUCCGGGGCCCCUGGCCAUGCCCUUGGUACCUGCACCCAUCCUCUACCCGGGCCCUGGCUACACCCCCGAGCUGGGCCUUGUGCCGCGGUCCUCCCCUCAGCAUGGCACGGUGAGCAGUCCCUACGGGGCCGUCGCAGGCCUGCCCUCUGCCCCGCCUCCCCAGUGUCCGGGCCCUGCGUUGGCCAUGGCAGUUGGGCCGGCCACCACCACGGUAGACAGCAUCCAGGCCCCCAUCCCCAGCCACAUGGCACUCCGGCCAAAGCCCAGCCCUGCUCCGCAGCCCUGCUUUCCCCCACAGCCCGCUCCGUCACAGCAGCCCCUGCCGCUGCCCGUGCCCAUGCCUGUGCCCUACACAUACCCUGUUGGGACCAAGCAACCUCUUACAGCCCCCCCAGCUCAGCACCACUUUUCUCCUGGAGUCCCCACGGGGUUUCCCCCACCCCAGGGCCCCAGGAUUGGGCCCCAGCCACAUCCUUCGAGGGCAGCAUUUGGGCCUCUGCCCCCUCAGCAACCUCUUCCAUUCCAGCAUCCACACCUCUUCCCGCCCCAGGCCCCGGGGAUCCUCCCCCCACAGCCUCCCUAUGCCUUCCCGCCCCAGCCUGCUGUCCUCGGGCAGCCACCAGCUGUGCUGCACACCCAGCUCUACGCGGGCCUUUCCCAGGACACCCUGCCGGCCUCAUCUGGGGCUCUGCCCUUCCCCAGCCCCGGGCCCCCCCAGCCUCCGCCUCCCCACCCACCCCUGGCCUAUGGUCCCACUCCUUCUCCCAGGCCCCUGGGUGCCCCGGCAGCCCCACUACCCAUGCAUGGCCCUCCGCCUGCUGGCCAGCCCAGCCCCAGUCCCCACCUGGUGCCUUCACCCGCUCCAUCUCCCGGGCCUGGCCCGGUGCCCCCUCGGCCCCCUACAGCAGAGCCCCCCGCAUGCCCACGCCGGGGCCCGGCAGCUGCAGACCUACUGUCCUCCAGCCCUGAGAGCCAGCACGGAGGCGCACAGCCUCCUGGGGGCGGGCAGCCCCUGCUGCAGCCAACCAAGGUCGAUGCCGCUGAGGGCCGCCGCCCACAGGCCCUGCGGCUGAUCGAGCGGGACCCCUAUGAGCAUCCUGAGAGGCUGCGGUGCUUGCAGCAGGAGCUGGAGGCCUUCCGGGGCCUGCUGGGGGACACAGGGGCGCUGGAUGCAGUCUGGCGGGAACUGCAGGAGGCACAGGAACAGGAUGCGCGAGGCCGCUCCAUCGCCAUCGCCCGCUGCUACUCCCUGAAGAACCGACACCAGGACGUCAUGCCAUACGACAGCAACCGCGUGGUGCUGCGCUCGGGCAAGGACGACUACAUCAACGCCAGCUGUGUGGAGGGGCUGUCACCAUACUGCCCGCCCCUUGUGGCCACCCAGGCCCCACUGCCCGGCACAGCUGCUGACUUCUGGCUUAUGGUCCACGAGCAGAAAGUGUCAGUCAUUGUCAUGCUGGUGUCUGAGGCCGAGAUGGAGAAGCAAAAGGUGGCCCGCUACUUCCCCACGGAGCGCGGCCAGCCCAUGGUGCAUGGAGCCCUGAGCCUGGCGCUGAGCAGCGUGCGAGCCACCGAGACCCAUGUGGAGCGGGUGCUGAGUCUGCAGUUCCGUGACCAGAGUCUCAAGCGCUCCCUCGUGCACCUCCACUUCCCCACCUGGCCGGAACUAGGCCUGCCCGACAGCCCUGGCAACCUGCUUCGCUUCAUCCAGGAGGUGCACACGCAUUACCUGCACCAGCGGCCCCUGCACACGCCCAUCGUCGUGCACUGCAGUUCUGGAGUGGGCCGCACAGGUGCCUUCGCGCUGCUCUACGCAGCUGUGCAGGAAGUGGAGGCUGGGAAUGGCAUCCCUGAGCUGCCCCAGCUGGUGCGGCGCAUGCGGCAGCAGAGGAAGCACAUGCUGCAGGAGAAAUUGCACCUCAGGUUCUGCCAUGAGGCGGUGGUGCGGCACGUGGAGCAGGUGCUGCAGCGCCACGGCGUGCCCCUACCCUGCAAGGCCCUGGCUGGUUCCGGCCCCAACCUGAAGAGCCAGCUGCCUCAGGACUCCCAGGACCUGGUCCUUGGCGGAGACGUGCCCAUCAGCUCUAUCCAGGCCACUAUUGCCAAGCUCAGCAUCAGGCCUGCUGGAGGCAUGGAUUCCCCAGCUGCCAUGCAGCCAGGCCCCACAGACACCCCAGGCCUGCCACCUGCCAGCCUCCCCGAGCCCAUGCCUGCCCCAUGUUCCCCACCGCCCCUCUCCUUGCCCCUGCCUGAUACCCCCCAGCCGGAGGAGCAGCCGCCGGUGCCUGAAGCCCCCAGUGCGGGGCCCCCAUCCUCCUCCCUGGAGCUGCUGGCCUCCCUGACCCCUGAGGCCUUCUCCCUGGACAGCUCUCUGCGUGGGAAGCAGCGCAUGAGCAAGCAGAGCUUCCUGCAGGCCCACAAUGGGCAGGGCCUGCAUGCUGCCCGGGCCCCUGAUGACCCUCUCAGCCUUCUGGACCCACUCUGGACCCUUAACAAGACCUAA